AUGCUAAAACACAUCCAUACCGGGCCCGUGACGACGGGCCAAAAUCGUUCGAUACGCGGUACGGCCGGUGGUGGUGGCGGUCUCGGCCGUCCCAUACCACCGCUGAACGUGUCCACCGUGUCGGCCAGCUCGGCCGCCACGGUCAACUCGACCAACACCGGACCGGUCGGUGCGGUCGGCACCAAGCACAUGAACGGUGGACCACCGGGACGGACACUGCUCUCAUCCUCCUUCAUUGCACCGUCAACCGGCAAUGGGACCGGCAACAACAACAACCUGCUACACAACGCAUCCGCCCUCAGCGGACUGUCCGUCGCACUGGGGAACGGAGCGAUCGGUGGAGUUGGCGGAGGCGGAGGAGGUGGCGGCGGUCCGAUCGGUUUGGCCGGGUUCAAUCACAACAACUCGACGACGAAUAACAACAUCCUCAGCAGCACGAUCAACAUGAACAAGGACCGGUUAGGUGCCCGGGAAGCGCUGACCAGCCUUGGGCUGCUCUGUUUGGUGUCCCUACUGUUGGCACUGCUUUCGUUGAUAUUUUUGCUGAAAAUUUCACCGGGCGGUCGGGAUCCGCCGCCACCGACCAUCGGACCGGCCGUGCUGGAGGAUUACGCCAUCGUGUACGACGUGACGCUGGCCCUGUGCGCACUGUCGCUGUCGCUGAACCUGUGCUGCCUGCUGGUGUGUGCCAUUCAGUUCCUGUUCGCCGUCAAGCUGGUCCGCGCACCUGCCACGACCGGAAGGGGCAACAAGUACUUACAGAAGUCCAGCGUUAGUCGCGUGUGUGCUGUUGGUGGAUUUUUUAUUUCGAUACCAAUAUUUUUAACCGGCAUCAUCCUGUAUACAUUCACCCAGUUCCACUCGACGCCGGCCAUCGUGACGAGCAUACUGAUCGGUGUCGGGAUCGUGUUUUGCGGCGGCGCUAUGGUGCAUAACGUGUUCGUGUGGCAGCGGGAGAAGACGAUCAGUGUCCGGCAGACACCGCUCAAUCUGAACCUUACGCUUUCGCCCCAGAUAAGCACGAUAUCGGCAUCGGCGGCCGCGGCUGCGGCACACCAGUACCAGAACGGGCAUGCAUCGGGCGCUCACCAUCACAUCAGUCUGAACCACGUGUACAGCAACCACAACCACACGCCCCUUACACACAACUCGCAGGCGAGCCACACGACACCGAUUACGCAGCUAACGCCGGUAACGCCCCUGUCCGGGAACCAUUCGCACAUCAGCUUCAACCAUUCCUACGUUCCGCCACCGUACGCGGGGGUGCGUGCUGCCACCGCCACGCCACCAACGCCGAAGGUUAUCGGUUCGCUGUUGAACCGGGACGCGUCCGGUUCGGUCAGUCCCGGCAUGCCCGGUAGUGGGCCGAACAACAACAACAAUCUGGAUAUGAGCAAUGUGACGAGUGCCAACUCGCCGCACGAAUUGUCCACAUUGGUUUGA